UUCUUAAUAUAAAGUGAUAAGAGAACUGUAUAGUAUUGAAAUUGAAAAUGGAGCCAAUGACUUUGGGUAGUCCGACUCACUCACCAUCAAACAGCCCGAAUGUUGCUUAUUUGCCGCCUUUCCUUUUGGGUGAAAUAAAUCCUCCUACGACUCCUCGUACCAACAGCCUGUCCCCAACGAAAGGCAGGAGUUUAGCUUUUGGUUCACCUACAAGUCCUAGUCAAACAUCGACUCCGGACCAGAAAGCUUACCGCCAGAACAUGUCUAUGCACCAGCAGGCGCUGUAUAACCAUCAGAACAUGUAUCCUAAUGUUCCUACAACCCCUAACAUUUACCCAAGUAUGCCUACAACACCCAACUUAUCCUACACUAGCAAACCAAAUGGACCACCUAUUGAAGACCUCUUUGACACCAUCAAGAGUAAUGAACCGUCUAUGAACAAGUCCCUAUUUCAGGAUAGUUUAUAUGGCAACAAUAAUUCUAUGGCCCAAAAUGGCUAUGGCAAUAUGAAUAAUUCUGUAAAUAAUCAGUCAUUAGCAACUCCAUGGCAAGAUGGGUGUCAGGAACAUGAUGAGUAUUGGGUCACUGUCUUUGGAUUCCCUCCAAAUGCUGCUAAUACUGUGCUGGCAAGGUUCAGUAACUGCGGUGCUAUUUUAGAUAAACAAUAUCCAACCCAAGGCAAUUGGGCUCAUGUACGGUAUGCAACAAGAGCUGAGAAGGAGCGUGCAAUGUCACUCAGUGGGCGGCAAGUGUUGCCUGGAGUGAUGGUUGGUGUUGUUGAAUGUAAGGAGCCCCCAAGGAUUGGUGUUGCUAGCCCUGGCAUUACUUCACCAGAAAGGCAAACUGGCGUCCGAUCGCUAUGUCCGACGCCAAUCGCAAAUGCUCCCGUCCCACAGCGGUCAAGUGGCCUUAUUUCUAAGGCGUUAGACUACGUGCUGGGUUGGUGACAUUCAAGAAAUAAUGUGGUGCGCAAAAUCGGGCCAAUCUAUCGGCGAAUCAGGCGAGCACGCGACCACGUCACUCGCUUACGAUACCGACACAGAGACUUUUUUACAAUGCUUGAUGAAAUGAACCAAUUACAUUUACAUAAUCAUCCUGAGUUAUUUCACAUUAAUGAAAUGUAGUCUGAAUGUGACAUUAUAAUAUAUGAGCAGUCAGUGGCA